UCCGGAAGCCAUUGCCUGAAAAUUUUUUUAGACGGGCGAGUUGACAUCUUCACCCACUAAAACCCAUCACAUGGCAUAAUGGAAGAAGUUGGCGGCCGAAGGAGCUUUUCUUUUCUGAUGCAAAUAGGUCUGACGAGGGAUCAGAUCAACAUUGAUGGCGAACUAACUCUAGCGAGUUUACAAGAGAUAGCUUGUUCAUUUGUAGACAGAAAGUUUCCAGAGCAUGGGUUCUACAGUCUAGUGGACAAAUUCCUUUUAUUCCGACAUGACAACACAAGUUCUAACAUUCUACAAAUCGUCACCAGUCCAGCAGAUGUCAAAGAGGGCUGCCUCAUCGAAGUCGUUCUAUCAGCUCAGAUCACGAUGGAAGACCUGCAGGUCAAACGGCACAACCUGUCCAUUCACUCCUACAAGUCGCCCCACUUCUGUGACUUCUGCGGGGAGAUGUUGUGGGGUCUGGUCAAACAGGGGCUCAAGUGUGAAGGUUGUGGGUUGAAUUUUCACAAGCGCUGUGCCUUCAAAAUUCCAAACAACUGCUCGUAUGAUCGACAGCGUCGUCCUUCAACGAGCAGCAUUACAUACCCGAUGCAGGAGCUGAGCCUGAGGGAAAAGAGCGACUCUGUCGCCCUACCAGAUAGUCCCAGCCAGGUCACACUCAUCUCCAAGACUGACUCUAAUAAAAACUCAACUGGUGUCAAAGGCGAAAGCAAUGAAACCUCCCUGGCCGUUCCCGGCUCGACCCUGUCCCUGGGAGGAGAGCCACGGAACAACCGGUCCAAAUCCUGGAGUGGUCGACCGAUCUGGAUGGAGCGAGAGGUUCAGUCUCGCAUCAAAGUACCGCACACGUUUAAUGUUCGCAACUACACCCGCCCAACCAUGUGCCAGUAUUGUAAGAAGCUUUUACGCGGCUUGUUCAGACAGGGACUGCAGUGUAAAGAUUGUAAGUUUAAUUGUCACAAGAAAUGUGCUGAACAUGUUCCCAAGGACUGCACAGGGGAACUCCCCAAAAUAGGAGUGCUUCCCGAGCCAAGUUUUCCCUCCGACAGUUUUGCUUCAGAAACUGAUACACACUUUACAGAAAUAAAUGAUGAAGCUGACGAUGCGUUUAAUGAUGACCUAGAUGAUGAUGAUAUCGAGCAGAAACCUCCACUUAGUCCAAAUGAGAGCAACAACAUUCCACUGAUGAGAGUUGUACAAUCUAUCAAAAACACAAAGAGAACGAUCUCCAAGACGAUCAAGGAGGGCUGGAUGGUGCACUUUACAAACUUAGACCCACAGAGAAAAAGACACUUCUGGAAGUUAGAUUAUAAAUCCAUUACAAUGUUCCAACAAGAGAACUCCAAUCGAUAUUACAAGGAAAUUCUGUUGAUGGACAUCAUUUCCAUAGAAAUGUCCAAAAUGCGAGCUCCAGUCUCCGAGAUCAGCAAAGCCCCGCAUGUGUUUGAGAUUCGCCUACAGAACAUUACAUACUUUGUGGGGGAGGACCCAACAUUUGGGGGUCGGGAGGGGGACUUCCUGGUGUCCCCUGAGAGCGGGACGGGUCUGGAGCAGGCGCGGUACUGGGAACACUCGAUACGACAGGCCCUGAUGCCUGUUACCCCAACCUCAAGCAUCACAUCGGAGGGUCAAACAACAGAUAAUGGCAAUGUGUCUGAGGAUGAUCCAAUUCAAAAGAUUUAUAAAACCAGAACGCAGCUGGACAUUUAUUCAAUGUACCAAAUAUAUGCUGAAGACGUUUUGGGCUCAGGGCAGUUUGGUAUUGUAUAUGGAGGAAAACAUCGAAAAACAAAUAGAGAAGUGGCCAUUAAAGUUAUAGACAAGUUACGAUUUCCCAACAAACAGGAAGCUCAGCUCAAAAACGAAGUUUCCAUCUUACAGAAUCUACAUCACCCUGGCGUUGUGAACCUUGAAAAGAUGUUCGAGACGCCGGAGAGAAUCUUUGUGGUAAUGGAGAAACAGAAGGGAGACAUGUUGGAAAUGAUUCUCUCCAGUCCCAAGGGCAGGCUCAGUGAAAGAAUUACCAAAUUCCUUAUCUCACAGAUUUUGAUGGCUCUAAAACACUUACACUCCAAGCACAUUGUCCAUUGUGAUUUAAAGCCAGAGAAUGUGUUGUUGUCAUCAGAGACGGCAUUCCCUCAGGUAAAACUGUGUGAUUUUGGAUUUGCUCGCAUCAUUGGAGAAAAAUCUUUCAGGAGAUCGGUAGUGGGCACCCCUGCCUAUCUCGCCCCUGAAGUUCUAAAAGAUAAAGGUUACAAUCGCUCCCUGGACAUGUGGUCUGUGGGGGUAAUUAUAUAUGUCUGUUUAAGUGGAACAUUCCCUUUCAAUGAGGAUGAGGAGAUCAGUGACCAGAUACAGAACGCUUCCUUCAUGUACCCCGCCAUGCCCUGGAAGGAACUCUCUCAGGAAGCUCGAGACUGCAUCAACGUGCUUCUACAGACCAAUCAUAAAAAGCGUCCCUCUUGUUCAAAAGUCCUUAGCCACCCAUGGUUGAUGCAGGAUUACCAGACGUGGUGCGACCUUCGGCAGCUUGAGGAAAACGUGGGACAGCGCUACCUGUCGCACGAAUCAGAUGAUGAGCGAUGGGAACAAUUCCGCAAAGAGAAAAAUCUGGGGCGAUGGCAGGACAUCGGCAUGAAAGGUGUGAACGAGACUUACAAAUACGGCAAGUGGCGAAGCGAUCGCACCGUCAAUGCCAGCUCCUGAGUCGCUGUUGUGUUUCUGGUGUAUAUUCGGACCAAUUGUUGUCAGCUUCUGUUACAAGAUAUCUUCUGUUUUUCUUGUUUACCAAUAUUUGCAGAAAACAAAAAAAAAAUCAAACAGGAAAUUUUUUUAUGAUUUAGUAUUUUACACUCAGACUUGCAAAAUCGACUUUUUCCUUUUUAUUAGAAGUAUAUGCUUUUGAUGGAAGUUUAUAUUAGCUUUUUCUGAUUGUAAAAUGCUAAUUUUUUAAUUUUUUAAAUGUCCUUGCUAAGCAAGAACUGAAGAGUUUAUUUACAAGAAUAUCUACUGUAGUAUUGCAUGUUGUCCUGUUUUAUAAGAUUUGAAGAUCUUGGGCAGAUUUACAACCAACAAUCAAACUGUUGUUUCACUAUUGUCACGCACUCACCUUGUUAUGGGCACUUUUCUCUUAUUGUUAUACUUUUUUAUUGUUAAUGUUUUGAUGAAUGGUGUCCAAUACCUGGUCCUUGCGAGUGGCAACCCAUCGCAUGUUAAAGGCGACGCCCAGUCAUACACAGAGUGGGAAGCAAGGGCCAGGGCCUGUUUUGUAUACUACAAGACUAUGUGAUAUAUACGUCAUCUGUUUGUAAAUACCAUUUUACAUUAAGCUACUUUCAUUAUCUCAGCCACUGUUUUUGGACAACAGCUGUAUUUGACAGAACGGCGAUUAUUGUCCGAUCGGCGAUUAUUGUCCGAUCAGUCGCGGCUGAUCAGUCUCUGCAUGGUGUUUUUUUAUUCGAAUGUUCUUCCAUUUUGUCACUGUUGUGAUAUUGUCAUGUCCAGGCAACAGAUUUUCUCACACAGAUAUGACAGUGAUGUGGUAUUGACCACUCAAAGGGAUUUACCAUAGUUCUAAAGGAAAAUGCACCCUCUUAAAAACAGACCAAAUUGUAAACUAUUUAAUAAUAGUCUCUUAGAAAUGAGCCAAAUCUUUUCCAUGAAAAUUGUUUUGACUAGAACCUUUGUUUUCUUUGUUUAUAAGGUAUAACUUGCAUUAUCAUAAUUUGAUUCAUUUAAUUUGAUAUUAUAAAAUCUGGUAAGUACAUUUGUAACAUCGGAAGUUUAAAAAAAAUCCUUUUUUUUGUCUUUAAAAUUUACUUAGCUGAUAAACUGCUUUCCUUUUGAUAGAAUGCUCAUUUGUUAAGCUGCUUUUCUUUUUCUAAUUUCAUGCAACAUUAGUAUUAAACCCCCCCACGGCGGACCAGUGAAGGGAAUCUUGGGUUGCCUGGACAUUAUUUUUAUGAAAUAUAUUUUGAUAUUAACAUUUACUUUUUACUUUGGGGAAUCUCCACAACCCUGAGGAGAAAAAUCACAUGAUUAGCCUGUGACUCCCUGGGAAAUCAAAUCAAAUGAUAGUCAUUAGACUGGAUUGAAAAAUGUCUCUUAGCAUUCAAAGAAUCUAUUUACAUGUUAAAUCUUUCAUGUCUAAGUGCUACACAUAGGACUAAGAUCAGUAAGGGUAUUUCUUUGUGAUGUCACUUGUUGAGCCUCCUUAAUUUCCACGAUACAGUGUCAAGCUUGUCUGUUGACCUCACUGUGUUUAUCCAAAGAUGGAAGCCUUACUAGUCCUGAAAGAUAUAAGUCAUAUUUUCCCUUUUUUUUUUAAAACAAGUUUUAUAAGUAUGAAGAGCUUUUUUUCCCAGCUAAAAAGAUGUAAGCAUAUGUGAAUCUUCAUAAAUAUACAGCUGUAUUAGAAAUACACUUGUUAUGUGUAUAGAUAUUCUAUCGUGUCAUUACAUAUUAUAUAUAUUUAAUAGAAAUGUUCCUCUUUUCAAAGGUGUUUACACAUCUAUACAUGUGUUGAAAUAUUCUCUUGUGAAUAUAUGAGAGUUUUAUACUGUUAUAUUUAUAGAUAAUUUGAGAAAAUUAGGGUAAUAUAUAGAGUCUAGAGUUAGUGAGACGAGUUUUGAGACCCUGUCUUUAUGCCAUAAAUUUAUUUACCUACACAGCAAUAUCAGAAUCUUAGAUACCCUUUCCCUUCAACCAGAAACUUUGUAUUAUCUGUGCCUGUAACAAAAAAAGAUAAACAUGGCUUGAACUUUUUCUUAGACCUUUCAACCAAUGGAAUACAUUUAUGUAGAAUAAGUGGAACAAACUCGUAUCCCUUAGCCAAUAGCUAACAUUGGAGAUCAUCUAGUGUGAGGGGGUGAGGGGCGAGUACUUUCACUUCGUUAACCAAGUUCAUGUGUGGUUCUAGUCUUCAAUCAGUGUGCUUUCAUCCAUCACUUUAGAACAUGCAGUACUUGCAUAGAAUCAUCAGACGUCAUCGAAAUUCAAGAUACUUACACUUGCAUUCUCUCCAGUGAAUUAACCUUUAGUAUUAUAUUGCUUGUCAUUGUGUCUUCUUAGUGUAGGACUUAUUCAGUGCAGAUCUGUGAAAUUAGACUGCAGUAAUAGCACACUCAGCAUUAACUUAUUCCAGGGAAACUUUUUCCUAAUCUGCUAUUGAAUAACAGACUUGUUUAUGUAUAAACAUAUGGCAGCCGUUUAGUUGUAUCAUGACAUACUCCUUUAACAUAUUGAAAUGGGGCUUCCUUCCUUAAGAGGUGAUUUACAUGACGUUACCACAUGAUCACACACAGAUUGAUCUUAUUUUGAAAAAUACUGAUAAAAAUAGUCACUCUUCUUGCUAUAUGUUUCUUGUUAAAUUGAAAAUUUGGAAAAGAACAUUAUGUAUACUGGAUUUAUUUUUAGUGCUAUUAGAACAUAAAGUCAUCAUUUUAGUCCAAACCUUUUUGAAGUCACUGUGUUAAAAGAUGCAUUUUUUGUAAGGGGAAAUAACUGAUGAGUAUUCUGCCCCAUUUUUGUUUUCAUAAAGCAUCCAGAUUUUUCUUUCAUACACAUUGUCCAGAAACAGAAUCUCAAUAGCACCUCUACCAGUAAUUUUGCUAAUUAGCCAUUAGUGCUCUAAUGAUGGUGCAAAAGUAGAUGGAGAAUAUUUUAGAAUACUAGAAAAUGUUAUCAUAGCGUAGUAAUGUUGAAUUUGGCAUUCAAGGAUUUCUGACGCAAUUUACCAUAUACUUUUCAUGAAAGACUUCAUCAGAGUGGAACUUUCAAGUCUAUGUCUUGUUAUGAUAUUAGAUUUGUUCUACGAGACAUCACUUUAUUCCAUUACAGAUAAGUUUGUUCGGUUUAGACCCUUUGGACAUUUUAUGUUAUAACCUCAAGGGGUCCUUACUACCCCUUCAUCAGAUGAUUAUGUACUAUUAUAUGUAACAAUGUAGCACACCGCCGGUGUGAGACUUACUGAUAUGCAAUACUAUUAUAGCUGUAGUUAUGUAUGUUAACUACUCUGGAUAUAUGUGUGAUGUUAUGACAGGUCUGUUCAAUAAAGAUGGGAAUAGGUGAUAUAA